AUGGCGAAAGAUACAUCCGCACCCUUUCGAUGGCGGACGGUGGUGGAAGUGGCUGGCAUAGCUGCUAUCAUAUACGUCCUGUUGGGUGCGCCAGGCUUGCCAUCUGCAUGGCGGACUGGAAGGUCGGCUGAGAAGGAUACGCCGGCUGUUCGAACAAAGAUUGAAUCGCUCGUCUCCCCUGCAAAGGAGCUGAACUGUCCCACCCACAAAUACGAGACCCACGUCUUCUCAUCAAGCCCGUUGAUAUUAUACGUUGAUGGCUUCUUGAGCGACUCCGAGGCUGAACAUCUCAUCGACAUUAGCGCGGAUAAGUGGCAAAUUUCCACCGUGUCCACGGACGGCAUUGAGAGGACUGACGAGUCGGUUCGCAAAUCGGAAAAAGCACUUGUUCAACGUGACCUUACCGUGCAAUGUAUUGAGCAGCGUGCGUUGUCGUUCCAAGGCUGGCCUCAGGAUACGUUCAUCGAACGUUUGUGGACCCAGCGAUACAACGAAAGCGGCCAUUUCGCUCCCCAUUUUGACUGGUCUACGGCGACCAAGACAGCAAGACGGGUAUCGACUUUCAUGGUGUAUGUUAGCGCUAAUUGCACUGGUGGUGGUACGCAAUUCCUCCGCAUUGAAAGGCCACAGGCCGAAAGUUGGUGCCAAUUUGUUGAGUGCAACGUGCAGUCAGAAGGUGUGACCUUCAAGCCUCGCAAGGGCGCAGCGGUCUUCUGGGAGAACUUCGACGCCGAGGGCAGAGGCUACAGGGAGACAAUGCACGCUGGCUUACCUGUGGAGAGCGGAACCAAGAUCGGUCUGAAUAUCUGGAGUUGGUAUCAAAAAGGGUACAGAGUCGAUGACGGCGAGCCUUGA